UUCUCCCCGAGUGCCGCAGAGCGCGCUGCAGUUCUAAAAUGGCGGUUGUGUGGUGUAUCUGGUGAAAGUUCUUCCAAGGUUUUUUAGUUCAUUAGUGGUGAGAGAAGCUGACGGAGCACACGCACACGCAGCCACGUACUUUGGUCACUUUAGAGCAUCUUUAAAAGCCGAAGAUGGUCUGAUACGUGUUUGUUUUGGUGUACAAUGGUGAUAAAUAGUUCGCUCCUAGUGAAUGGAGAAGUGACAUCUCGUUCGAAAUUUUUACUGACCAGAAGCACAACUGCCGCAAAGUCAAUGAAUAAUUUUAUUUUACUGUAUUGUCGUGACUUGGUUACUUAAGGCCGCUGUCUGGCAGUUACUGUUUUCAGUCGUGAACAUGUGAUGUUACCGGUGAGUGUAAACACUGGUGAGCAGACAUGACAUUAACAGCAGAAAUUCUACCGUUAUUUGUUAUGUACACAGAGAAAUAUUUACGUGCAGCGUGCUUUCUGAAAUGUAUACAUAGUUUUGGAGCGCUAAGUUCGUACUGCCUUAUAACGUAAAGUGAGAAAACGCAAUCAACAUUGUAAACCAGUGACUUGUGUAUGAGCUUUAAUAAUGUUAGGACAGCCAAAUAGCCGAGGAAGUGAUAGCGGUUACUGUGAACUUCAACCGGCGAGUGAAAGACAUUUUCAGAUAUGUGAUACAGAUCUAAUUCCGCCCUUGCAUCCGGCAGGGGUGGCAAAGGAAGAUGUGGAAGGGAACAGUGGAACGACAAAAAAUAAUCGGAUGACUGGAUCAUCAUGUCAAGCUUUAAGGCAUGCUGUAUCUGCUCUGAACAGGCUGGACGACUUCACUUGUGAGAAAAUAGGAUCUGGAUUCUUUUCGGAAGUCUUCAAGGUGACGCAUCGAACAACAGGACAAGUGAUGGUCUUGAAGAUGAAUCUUUUGCGGUCAAAUAGGCCGAACAUGCUCAAGGAGGUGCAGCUAAUGAAUAAGUUAUCUCAUCCCAACAUCUUGGGGUUCAUGGGUGUAUGCGUUCACGAGGGGCAGCUACACGCAUUGACUGAGUAUAUCAAUGGAGGCAGCUUGGAGCAGCUUAUUCAGAAUUCUAGUGUGGAACUUCCUCAUCUUACAAGGAUGAAGCUUGCACUGGAUAUAGCCAGAGGAAUGGAGUAUCUGCACUCUCGGGGAGUUUUCCAUAGGGACCUUACUUCCAAGAAUGUUCUUAUAAAGAACAAUGAGGAGUCAGGUGAAAUGGUAGCAGUUGUUGGUGACUUCGGACUUGCUGCUAAAAUUCCAGAUCCAAUGUGUCCAUAUAGAUUACCAACUGUUGGUUCACCUUACUGGAUGUCACCUGAAUGUCUCAAAGGCCAGUGGUACAAUGAAAAGUCUGAUGUAUUUUCAUAUGGUAUAAUCCUUUGUGAACUAAUAGCCCGUGUUGAAGCAGAUCCAGACAUUCUUCCACGAACGGAAAAUUUUGGUCUAGAUUAUUUAGCUUUCAGUGAAAUGUGUGGUCCGUGCCCUCCAGAAUUUCUAAAAUUAGCAUUCUCGUGUUGCACAUUUGAGCCAAAAAGCCGUCCAUCUUUCGCAGAAAUUGUUAUCCGUCUUAAUCGAAUCAUUGCUGAUUAUGAACUCCAGCAGAAACAGCAACAAGAACAGCAGGAAAUACAAAUCUUGGGCUGUGCUUCACUACCAGUAGAUCGUGUCUGUGCUGCAGCACCUGCGGUAGCAGGUGCUCGAAGUGAAGAGGUUAUUUCAUGUGCAGGAACUGGAGCUGCUCCAGAAGAACGUGAUGCUGCACAGCUCAAGAAAGUGUGCCACCGUCGAUCUUGGUCUGAAGAUGUUGGCAACUUGGUGUUCCCAAUGCAUACUGCACCAAGUGAGAAGGCCCGCUGCCAUUUCGUGGUGACACCAAAGCAUGUGGGAGAGAGCAUGGUGCGGCAGGACCCGCACUACAAACCAUCUCGAGCCAAUCCCUUUGCUGCUCUGUCCCAGUUCAGAGGAGUGAAGAAAAUUCUGGGAGGCCUUAAUAAAGGCAGCAGCUCUAGCUCAUUCAUGGCGGGACCAGGAGGAGAUUUGUUUUCGUCGUGCUUCGAGCUGCCAUCACCAUUCUAUGGCCCAACACCUCCAAGUACACCAACAGCAGAAACUGAUUCCAUCCACGAGGCAUCUAUUUCAGGAAUAAAAGGUGACUCAGUUGUCCAAUCCUCACCAGAUGACAGUGAUUCAGCAACUGGUGUGCUGAAAGUUCAGAAGAUAAACCAACCGCUUUCUCUGCCAUCUUCACCUACAAUGAUGCGCAGAAGAAUUUUCUUAAAUAUGAAAAACUUAUCAACACCUCGGCUUACAUCAAGCACUUUUUCUUCAGAUGAAGAAAGUAACAUACCAAAGAAAAAUCAAGUGACAUCAGACAGCGAAAAAACUUGUGGUGAAAUAAAUACAAAGUGUGUUACUGUUGAAGAUAGUGACAUGGAUUCUUCUAAUUUAAUGUUAUCACAUCCAUUGUUUAUAGCUAGUGAGAGUCCGAAGUCUGAAUCACUUUCAGAGACUUGUACAUUACAAGAUUCUCAGCAUACACCACUUUUUAUUAAUCACAGGGUAUGUUCAUCAAGCUUAAAUCUUGCUGAUGCCGGUGUCCUUUUGACAGAGGACCCUGGUGGAGGACUUGGCCUUCCAACCACAUUAAGACGAAGAGGGUCCUGUGAAUCGGGCUUCUUUAGUAGUGUUAGUGAAGAUUUUACUAUUACGGCUGGGGACUUGUUACUGCCCUCUGAGUUUGGAAGUAUUCACACAGUGCCCCGUAGCCAUCAUAACACGUCAUCAGCGACACUCUCGUCUUCCUCAGCAGCAUCAUCGUUGUUUCUGUUGGAUGAUUCUGCAAACUCAACUACUACUGUGAGUUCUUUGAGAUCAGGUAGUGGUGAACUUUGUGACUUUGAUGAACUCAGUACUCCUGGUGGCAUUGUGGCUCGUAGUACACCUCAUCACCAUUCUCUUAUUUAUUCAGCGAAGCGGUCAUCAUCCAUCUAUACUGACAGCUCAGAAGAUAUAUCUAGUUUAGGUGGGAGUGAUAUUUCCUACUGGGAGGACAGGAAUUGCAGUGCACGACCUCGUCACAUAAGCAGAAUAGUGGAAUACUUUGAAAGAAAACAAAGUGGUGCAGCAACAAACACUGUGUCCAGAUUGUCAAGUACUGCAGAGAGAGGCACUUCAGUGUGGGAAUUACCUGAUGGAUCUUUCUCUGUGAAACACCAAAGAGAACUGCUUUUCCAUCAAGGUACUUGUGGGAGCAGGAAUUCACCAGUAGACUUUGCACGUCGUAUGGAAAGCUCAAAUUUGAAUGAUGCUAUACGUUCCUCAAAAAUUGCUCUUCUCCGAAAAUCUUUGGAGAAGGCUGCUAUUGCUCAACAACAGGCUUCUCAUCAUCAAGGGAGGUCUGUACCUGGUGCACAUAAUGAUCGAACUUUGUGCACAAAACGAACUGUUAAUGCAACACAGAGAUUGAUGAUUUGUGAAGGAGCAGUUCGUUCAAAACUGCCACUGUUUGAUAAAAAGUAAAGUGUGGUAAUAAGUCAUAAAAGUGUCCUGCCAUUUAUAAUGUGUUGUUGAUGGUGUAAGUAUAUUUGUAAAAGGGAUAAAUACAAGUACAUAUCCAUCGCAGUUCAACAGCUGUGAAUGUAUCAUAAACUGUAUUACAUUUUAAUUGUUUUAUUCAAUAGCAGUUGCUUUAUUUGAUUUUUAUCAGGGGAUGACCUUCUAAAAAAGGAAAUAAUUCAGUCAUUUUCCUUUUUUCAUAAUACUGUUUACAUAAAAUAUAUUUCUGAAAUUUCAACCGAAAUUUUAGUUUUCUCUUGAAUUGGUGACUAUUUUCUAUGCAUAUAAAAAUUAUUUCACAAUUAUUCCAAUAAGUUAUGUCUACCUCGGAGUACAAUUGUUGGUAACAUACAUACGUUACAUUGUUAUUAGCUUGGUAAAUAAUGUACGCUUCUCAUAUAUUUUGAAUUUUGUGAAUGUACAUGUAUUGUGUUUAUUGUUUGUGUGGCAUGCAUUUUUAUUUCUUAGCAAAAAAAAAUAAAGAAA